AAACCCCCCCCCCCUCUCUCUCUCUCUCUCUCUCUCUCUCUCCCUUGCUUACAGAGACCCCUUCUCUACCCCUGCAUCUGUUCUGCUUUCUUUCUCCCCUGAAUCCAUUCUUGUCCCUUUUGCUAUUGGCUCUGUGACUCCAAGAUCAAGAUAAGCGGAGGAAAAGGUGUGAUUUUUUUCCGAUGAUCAAUGUGGCGAUCGAUCAAGAAUCUCCGUUUAGAGAGCUUAACAUCAAGAACAGACGAGUGAUGGGAGGAGGAGGGGGGCUGGAGGAGGAGGAGGAGGAGAAGUGGCCGCCGUGGCUGCGGCCGCUGCUGUCGACGCGCUUUUUCGUGCAAUGCAAGCUGCACGCGGACUCCCACAAGAGCGAGUGUAACAUGUACUGCCUCGACUGCACCAGCGGCGCCCUCUGUUCCCGGUGCCUCUCUCACCACGGCGACCACCGAGCAAUCCAGAUAAGGCGGUCUUCCUACCACGACGUGAUCAGAGUCUCCGAGAUCCAGAAAGUGUUGGACAUCACCGGCGUGCAGACGUACAUCAUCAACAGCGCCCGCGUCGUCUUCCUUAACGAGCGCCCCCAGCCGAAGCCCGGCAAGGGCGUCACGAACACCUGCGAAGUCUGCAAUCGGAGCCUCCUCGACUCCUUCCGCUUCUGCUCCCUCGGCUGCAAGAUUGCCGGCACCGCCUCUGACUACAGCAGGAACAGAAAGAACAGCAAGAAGAAGAAGAAGAAGUCAACUGCUGGAUCAGACUCAGAGGAGUAUUGCACGAGUGCCAGUAGCGGCAGCGACAAGAGCCACGACGGCACACAGAGCUUCACUCCAUCCACGCCCUCGCCGACCGCCGCCCGCCUCCGCAGCUCCAAGAGGAGGAAGGGAAUUCCCCACAGAGCUCCGUUUGGAAGCCUAAUGCUGGAGUUCUAAGCCUGCCUUCACAUCAUCAAUACCAGAGACUUCUAAAACUACGUAUUAACCACAAUAGUAGCUACUCGGUGAAAGCUGCUGUCAAGCCAUUGCUCAUGGCGAACACAGGAAGACCAUUCACAGCACAAAGUGCUUCUUGGCGUGGAGGCCGGUGCUGGGAAACACUGUCGAUAAGGACGGCGGAGCUUGUUGGUGAAAGCUUCUGCAAGCCUUGAUGGGAACGUAGUAAUAGAGUUCUCGUGUACUGCUGUUUCUAGGUGUAAUACUACUUCG